AUGGGCAUGCAGGUGUUGCUGUUGGCGCCUUUGGUGCUCUUGGCACUAGGAAGUGUUGAAGGUCAACGCUACCGCAACUAUUACGCCCGGGAUUACUUGGGUCGCGACUUGUACGAGCACGGCCGAUCGAUAUCCGACAACCUGGUGACAUGCGGGCCCCAUACCUGUGGAGUUGGAGCCCAUUGCAUCCACGGCAGUGUGAGACCCGUCUGCGCUUGCCUCCCUGGAUACUCCGGGGACGCUUUGAGCCAGUGCAUCAAGAUCGAGUGCAUUGACAACAGUGAAUGCCGCGGCCACCAGAGCUGUGUAAAUCAACACUGUGUCGACCCCUGCGUCGGCGCUUGUGGUGUCAACGCCAACUGCGAUGUUCGCAACCACAUUCCCGUCUGCUCUUGUCCACCUGGCUACACUGGCAAUCCUUUCAGCUCUUGCAGAAUCGCCGACCCAGAGGAAGCUUGCCACCCAUCUCCCUGUGGAGCCAACACUAAGUGCCAUGUUGCUAACAACCAGGCUGUCUGUACUUGCCUGCCAGGAUACAGGGGCAGUCCAUUAACAGGCUGUCACCACGAAUGCGAGUCUGACGGCGAGUGUGGUGCCCAGCAAUCAUGCCGAGACUUCAAGUGUAUCAGUCCCUGCGGAGACUGUGGUGUCAACGCAGAUUGUGAAACUGUCGCCGCUCACCGCGCCAUCUGCAAAUGUCCCAGAGGUUACCACGGCGAUCCCUACAGGAUCUGUUCAGCUGAAUGUACCUCAGACAGCGAAUGUCCCAGCUACAAACCCGCCUGUAUCUACAACGCAUGUGUCGACCCCUGUAUCAACGCUUGUGGAACUAACGCCGAAUGUCACCUCCGUGGACUUACACCCGUCUGCUCCUGCCCUAGAAACAUGACUGGAGAUCCCUUCUCCUACUGCAGGCCUUUCGAAGCCCGCGACCUCUGCGAGCCUAACCCUUGCGGUGCUAAUGCUAAGUGCACACCUGGCCACGACCGCACUGGGGCUGAGCGUCCAGUCUGUACCUGCCCUGCUGGAUACAUCGGCAAUGCCCUCGUGUCUUGCGAACGUGGUGAUUGCGAGUUGGACUCCCAGUGCCCAGACAACCUCGCCUGCGUUGGUUACCGUUGCUUGGAUCCCUGUCUCGGCAACACUCAAUGCGGCUCUGGAGCCGUCUGCAUGGCCCGUAGACACAUCGCUGUCUGUACUUGCCCUAACGGACGCAACGGUGAUGCCCUCGUGAACUGCUACGAUACUCAGUCAGUAGUCGCCACUGGUCGUUACUACAGGUUCAAGCGCGACGGUAACUACUCCAGCCAACCUGAAGAUGUCAAAGUACCUGAAGCCCCCGCCGUCAUCGUAGCUGAGGUCAAGGAAGCCGAAACCCAAACGAAAGCUGAAGAAAAAAAAGAAUAA